CUUAAUUAGCAACUCUUCUGUCUAAUUAAUAUUUCUUCUUGUAUAUAUAUGUUCUUAUAUAUAGUUUUGCUUUGCAUUUCUUGAGAUAUAUUAGUUUCUUGAUUUGAUAGAGGAAGCAAUCAAGAAAUAUUCUCUUGCAUUGAUAGAGGAGAGUAAUUAACAAGAAAAAGAAAAGAAUUUCGGAUAUGAAGAUGGGUGAUAAUACAGCCGCAGCCAAGAAUCAGUUUCCUCCUCACUCCUUCAGUAUUGUUUCAGACGUGCCGCCUCAAGCCAACUCCAAGUGGUUAGACGAUGACGGCAAACUCAAGCGAACCGGAACUGUUUGGACAGCUAGUGCUCACAUAAUAACAGCAGUGAUCGGUUCUGGAGUUUUGUCUUUGGCUUGGGCGGUUGCUCAGCUCGGUUGGGUUGCUGGCCCCUCUGUUAUGUUCUUGUUUUCUUUGGUUACUUAUUAUACUUCUACUCUGCUCUCUGCUUGCUACCGAACUGGCGAUCCUGUCAAUGGCAAGAGAAACUAUACUUACAUGGAUGCUGUUCGUUCCAAUCUUGGUGGUGGUAAGGUUAAAAUAUGUGGAUUUGUUCAGUAUUUGAAUCUUGUCGGAGUUGCCAUUGGUUACACAAUAGCAUCGUCUAUUAGUAUGAUGGCAGUGAAGAGGUCAAACUGUUUCCACAGCAGCGGAGGCAAAGAUGCAUGCCAUAUGAAUGCAAAUCCUUACAUGAUUGCAUUUGGAGUUGUUGAAAUUUUACUCUCUCAAAUUCCUGAUUUUGAUCAACUAUGGUGGCUCUCUAUACUUGCUGCUGUCAUGUCCUUUACUUACUCCACCAUUGGUCUCGGCCUUGGAAUUGCUCAAGUUGUUCAAAAUGGUAAAAUCAUGGGCAGUAUGACCGGAAUUAGCAUCGGAACAGUCACUGAAACUCAAAAGAUAUGGAAAAGCUUCCAAGCUCUCGGCGCCAUUGCUUUUGCUUACUCAUACUCUCUUAUCCUAAUUGAAAUUCAGAACACAAUCAGAUCUCCACCAGCAGAGUUCAAGACAAUGAAAAAAGCAACUCUAAUAAGUGUAUCUGUCACCACUAUUUUCUACAUGCUAUGUGGUUGCUUCGGCUAUGCUGCUUUCGGAGACAUGUCUCCCGGAAAUCUCCUAACUGGAUUCGGUUUCUACAACCCCUACUGGCUACUAGACAUUGCCAAUGUCGCGAUAGUAGUCCAUCUAGUCGGUGCAUACCAAGUCUACUGCCAACCCUUAUUUGCAUUCGUCGAAAAAGCAGCAGCACAAAAGUUUCCGGAUAGUGAAUUUAUUACUAAAGACAUAAAAAUCCAAAUCCCCGGAUGCAAACCCUAUAAUCUGAACCUCUUUAGAUCGGCAUGGAGGACUAUUUUUGUAAUUUUUACGACAGUAGUUUCGAUGUUGCUUCCGUUCUUUAACGACAUUGUUGGUUUGCUCGGAGCAUUGGGAUUUUGGCCGUUGACAGUUUAUUUUCCAGUAGAAAUGUAUAUAGCACAAAAGAAGAUACAAAAAUGGAGCACAAGAUGGCUCUGUCUUCAAAUAUUAAGUGCUGCUUGUCUUAUCAUCACCAUUGCUGCUGCUGCUGGUUCUAUUGCUGGAGUUAUUGAUGAUCUUAAAACUGUCAAGCCAUUUCAUACUACUUAUUAGAUUAGUUUAUUAGAAAGUUUCAGAUCCACAUUGAUGAACAUUUCAAAAUUAAAACAAGUGAAUGUUAUGCAGUAUUUUUUUUUAUCUUUUGCUGUCAAUUUCUUGCCUCACAAGAAAACGGGACCAUGUUUAUGUAACAUAUAAAAAAACAUGCGUCUUUAAUUCUCUAUAGAUUAAAAGCUUUGUAUAAUUCUGUAUUUUCUAAUGCAAAUUGGAAAAAUUUAUGCA